AUGUCCGCCUCUCGAACCUUUGCUGGUGAUUCAGCAACUACUCUUGGCAAAACGUACAGUGUCGACGACUUGGCAGAGAGCUGGAAACUGAUAUCUUCGAUCAAUCAAGAAAACUCCACUCCCCGAAGACGCUGGAGUCUACGACGUGUUAGUGCCACUUCUUUGGAUCGCAUGGAUUAUUCUGCAAAGACCUUGAGUACUAGCUCAUUGGCUAGCUCACUUCCCAACGUUUAUAAUGCUACACAACAACCACCACAACAACACGCCGUUCCUCACCAGAAAAGUUACUCAGAGUCGACUCUAGUGCAAGAUCAAUGGUUUGCAUCGCAGAUCAAUCCAGAACUGACCCAAACUGUACCAACCAUGUACGAUUUCCAAAACCUUGCCAGCAGUAGUAGCUCGUACAUAGAUUUAGAAGAUCUGAUGUUUGACAACGGCCCGACACUGCAGCAACAAGACUACAACUUUCCACCACAACUGCCGUCUUGGGGUGGUCUGGAGCAUCUCUUUACUCCCGAGCAGACGUACUCGCAGAUGCCAUACGGAAACUCGAUACUGGAUGCAUGGAAGCCAAUGGUGACUUUACCAGUCGCCCCUCAACUACCACAGCAACCACAACGACCUCAGAUUCCAAGUAUUAGUAGACCAAAUAUAGCAGCAGUACCCGAACCGUCAAAGGCAUCAAGUUUGGCACAAGCCUUGAUAAUGCCCGAAUCAGCAACAGCAGCACCAGUAGUCAAACAGGAACCAUGCGUCCAUGUCCAGGAAGCCAAAUCACAAAAUGAACCAUCAUCUCUACCCGUCCCACUCAAGAAGGAACAGCACUCCAGCCCUGCAUCGCCUCCUCAUACAGUACCUCGUCAAAGAGCCUCACGAAGAGUAUCGAGAAAAACUGCGGUUGUCGCAUCUCCGGCUUCCAGUGAAUCAUCGCCAUCACCAAGUAGAGCCUCCGUAUCUCCGUCUGAAGACGAUCGAGAACCACUAGGAGAUUCUGUAGUAGCUGAAGAGUACUUUGCACCACCUACAGCUCCAUUCUCGGCUACCCCGUCUGCAAUUGAUACGGUUGAUACCCCUAGAAAGAUGAUUUGCAAGAAUUGUCUCAUAACAAGUACGCCUUUUUGGCGACGGUCGGUUCAUGAUGAGCUUCUUUGUAAUGCUUGUGGUUUAUAUCUCAAACUACAUGGGAGACAUAGGCCUCAGACGUUGGUUAAGAGCGCCGUAACAGCCCCUGUGGUAGAUGCUCCUGCUACCAAGUGCAGUAACUGUGAGACGCUCAGUACACCACUUUGGAGAAAGAAUGACCAAGGGAAACCGUUAUGUAACGCAUGUGGUCUGUUUUAUAAAUUGCAUCACCGAGCUAGACCUGCCAACGGGUUGGCAGGUGCUUCUCAUGUAACCCGAAAGAGAAAUCGUGCUGCUCGCUCUUCAAAGAGCGACGAGUCAGAAGACUCGGACGAAGAGUACUCUGUCGGGUCUUCCUCCUCUUCAACCAACAAACGUACCAAAGCGUAA